UAAAUUGAUAAUAUUUAAUGAAUUGGAAUAGGAAAUACGAUAAAACUCUGGUUAAAAAGCCAGGUAUGAUAAGUUCAAGAAACUUAACUGAGAAUUCCGAAAGCCUUUCACAAAAAUCAAAAUCUGAGUCCCCUUGCUCAGAUUUUAAAGGAUGCAAAUUUGAGUUAUUCUUUACUCAAAAUGAUGCCAAAUAACCACCUGAAACUCCAGCUGCAAAAAGAUAGAAUAAAUGUGCUUAAAUCCCAGAUAAAUUCAUCUGGUCCUAAAUAUUCGCCUGCUGGUAGAGAGACUUGAAGAAGGCGUAUAUAUCCUGAUGUGUUGGCUUCAUAUUUCACUCUAAUUUAA